AUGUCGCUGGCAGACGCUCUCCUGCAUCGAGCUCAGGCGAACGGUUCUGCUGCCACGCUCGGAGCGCCUUCCACUCUCGCCGGCGUCGGCAACGGUGGUCUGGCCGCCUUUCUAGCCAAGAACAGGUGCUCCCACAGCAACUCUGAUAGCACCAAGAAUGGCGUACGUGUUCCCAUCCAGAUCGCCUCUCUUCAUCCACAUAAGACGUUGCCACCCGUCAAUUAUGCUUCGCAGGCAACCACACAGCUUAUUCGAUCCGUCCGCUCGCUGCUGGCCUCCCGCCCUCAAAGCUCCAACGCGGCUGCUUCUCGCCCUCCGCUGCAGCAGCUGUACAGCAUCACUGAGACCCUCGUAACCCACUCUUCGCCCGAAGCGUUGGACGAUCUUUACGACGCCAUCAAGAUCGAGAUCGAACGGGCCGCAGGCAACAACGCCUCGGCGCUCCACAGCGCCGGCUCAGCCAACGAGUCGCUACACAGCAAGAUCACCUGGCUGACGCUUCUCAAAUCCAUCUGGUCCGACUGGUGCGAGAAUUUGGCCCUCGUUCGAGACGUUUUGCUGCCCUUGGACCGUACUCUGCUUCCCACCGGGCCCUCGGCUGCCCCUUCCAACCUAACUUCCGGCCUCGAAGCCAACGUUUCCGACAAGCGGCCAUUGCCCAUAUGGGAACUGGGCCUCGACAUCUUUGGCCACCGCGUGUUGAAGGAUCUCACGCUGGCCAGCAUGAUACUCAGCCGAAUUGUCGCUGCCCUCGAUGGCGAGCGCACCGAAUCCAUCUCUUACCGAGACUUGCACAUUUCCAUCGCCGAAAUGUUCCGCCAGCUCAAGGCCGAAGAAACACUAGAUGAUGCGAUCGCAAGCGCCACCACUGCCUUUUACCAAGCAGAAUCAGCGUCGUCAAUUGAAAACCUGUCUCCGAUUGACUACGUUGAGUAUGCGGAUUGUCGCAUCAAUGAAGAGCAGCACCGCAGCGAAUGGGCCCUGCUAACCGAGAAAGGACGUAACGACAAUGUGGCCGCGACACGCAGCCAGCUCGUGACAGAGCAUGCCGACAAGAUCCUCGCAGGACUGCCCGACCUCGUCACAUCCAAGCAGCUCCACGGGCUCGCCAAAGUCUAUCAACUAAUCAAGAGCAUUGGUCGACUCGCCGACUUACGCAAGGGGUUCACUGAGUACAUCAAGGCGCACGGUGCCUCCAUCGUCCAUGACCGCUCGAGGGACGACGAUAUGAUCGAAAGGCUACUUGAGUUCAAGUCCGACAUCGACGCCAUCGUCUCGUCUGGCUUCCAGCGCGACGGCGAUUUCGUCAAUGCCCAAAAAGACAGCUUCGAGGUGUUUGUCAAUAAGCGCGAAAACAAACCGGCCGAGCUCAUCGCCAAGUUCCUCGACGCCAAGCUGCGCAGCGGAAACAAGACGAUGACCGACCAAGAGCUCGAGCAUACCCUCGACGAGGCGCUCAUCCUCUUCCGCUAUACGCAUGCCAAGGAUAUGUUUGAAGAAUUUUACAAGCGUCACUUUGCCAAGCGCUUGCUUCUCAACCGUUCCGCCUCUUGGGACGCCGAGCGCAGCAUGCUGCUCAAGCUCAAGGAAGAGUGUGGGCCCGAGUUCACCGCCAAGCUCGAGACCAUGAUCAAGGACGUCGACGUCUCGAAAGAUCUCAUGGACGAGUACGACCGAUUUGCAGCAAAGCAGCGCAAGGACGAGGAGGCGGCCCGGGACAAUUUCGAUCUGAGCGUCAGCGUGCUCACUCAAGCGCACUGGCCCACCUAUCCCAACGUUGACGUGAUUCUUGCGCCCGAGCUUGCUGCCGCCGCCGAGCGCUUCGAGGCGUUCUACCAAAAGCGCAACAGUGGACGUCGCCUGCACUGGCAGCAUUCGCUCGGCACGCUGUCGAUCACGACGCAGUUCGGCAAGGCGGGCGUCAAGGAGCUCCACGUGAGCACUUUCCAGGCCAUCGUGCUCAUGCUGUUCAACACGCUCGAACCGGGUCAGAAGCUCAGCUUUGUCGACAUCCGCACGCAGACCGGUCUCGACGAUCAGGAGCUCAAGCGCACUCUGCAGAGUCUCGCAUGCGGGCAGAUCCCUACGCGUGUGCUUCGCAAGCUUCCGCAGGGCAAGGAAGUCAACGACAGCGACGAAUUUGUCUUCAACGACAAUUUCAAAAACGAACGCCACCGGAUCCGCAUCAACCAGAUCCAGAUGAAGGAGACGGCUGAAGAGCAAAAGACGACCGAGCAGCGCGUGUUUCUCGAUCGAGAGCUCAUCCUGCAGGCGGCGGCGGUGCGUGUGCUCAAGGCCAAGAAGACCAUCAAGCAUUCCGAGCUCAUCACCGAGGUGGUGGACCAGAUCAAGAGCCGCUUCACCAUCGAUGUCGCCGAGAUCAAGAAGGUUUUUGAGAUUCUCAUCGAGAAAGAGUACAUGGAGCGCGUUGAAGGCGAGCGAGGCACCUACCGCUAUCUUGCCUGA